UCCUCCCGAUGCAAAGUCCAUCCCAACAUCCUCGUCUCACGCACGCACGCAAUGCACAUGUCCACAAGGUCUGAGCUGAAAAGACAAGAAACCGGAAUCCUGCACAGCUCCUCCCGCAUCGAUGAUUCACAGCCUACCUGCUCCGGAAGAAAAAAAAUCUUUUCCUCUUUCUUCAAACAGCACGAGUUACCUUCGCGUAAAACAGACCCAUGUUCCUUAUAACCCCUGUAUAUGCAAUCCUUGCGCCACAUCUCGAUAUUACCCACCCUAUCGCCUUCAAACAUGCGCUAAGCCCGUUCCGCUCGGUACAGCAAUCCGGAUAUAUUGAAUUGCGUUUUCUACGGGUAUAGAUGUACAUACUUGCACGGUUACACAGUCCUUCCGGCCCCACAAUACCCCACAUCAUGCACCUUGCUAGCUGCGCCCCUU